UCUUUUGGGUCUGGUGUGGUGACCCUCAAAAAACACGCAUACUUUAUAUUUUCUUGUCUCUUCUCUCAUCAUCAGUUCCCUUUUUCUUUCAAAAUAAUUCAUAACCAAUCCUCUAUAGCCAACCACCUGGCUUCUCAACUUCUGAAAUAUCCAAUUCUCUCACACAAAACACACACACUCACAGUUUAACUGUUUACUUCAUUUUUCCUUCAAACUAUGCUUCCUUAUAAAUAUACCACCUUUCUCUUGGUUUUCUUAAAUCUCAACACCAAAAUUUCAACCUCUUUACUCUAUAACAAACUCUUAUCUUCAAUUCUAGAUUUCACUAUCAAAACCUUUUUCUACUAUCUCCAGCACAUGGAUAUGUUUACAAAUAAUAACUCCUAUUCACACCCCUUUUCUCCAACUUGCUCCGAGAGUUCAUUCCCGAAUUCAGAGGGCUCGCAAGGGAUGUCAAUUUCCAACGAGGAGGUGAGGUUAGCAGCGACUACUCCAAAGAAGCGUGCAGGGAGGAAGAAGUUCAAGGAGACUCGCCACCCGGUAUAUAGGGGUGUGAGGAAAAGAAACUUAGAUAAAUGGGUGUGUGAAAUGAGGGAACCAAAUAAGAAGACUAAAAUUUGGCUAGGCACUUUUCCAACUGCGGAGAUGGCAGCCCGAGCACAUGAUGUUGCCGCAAUGGCAUUGAGGGGCCGCUACGCCUGUCUCAACUUUGCAGACUCCGCGUGGCGGCUCCCUAUACCUGCCACCACUCAGGCAAAAGAUAUACAAAAGGCGGCUGCACAGGCCGCUGAGGCUUUCAGACCAGACAAGACUUCAAUUACUAAUGACAUUGACACGGCUAUUUCCACCUCUGCUACGGCGGAACAGAGUAGGACUUUUAUGGAAGAGGAAGAAGAGGGGGUGAUGAACAUGCCAGAGUUGUUGAGGAAUAUGGCACUAAUGUCUCCUACACAUAGCUCUGGGUAUAAUGAAUAUGAAAAUAUUCAUGUUCAAGACUUUCAAGAUUUACAAGAUUUUCAAGAUGAAGAGGUAUUAAUCAAGCAUAAAGUGCUUCUCAUCCCUUCUAUUAGUAUAUAUGAAAGAAGAAUAGAAGUUUGGUAUGUCAAAAUCAGUGUCAACUUCAUUAGCUAUUUAAAUUAAGUUAAAGGAGGUAAUUAAAAUCUGUGUCUCUCUUCUUUUUCUUCUCUUAUAUUAUCAUUUGUAGGAUUUUAAAAAAUAGUUUGUAACCGUAAUUUGGGUGUGACAUCAAACUUUUUAAUGUCUCUGCAUCCGCAACUAGUAUAUUAGCCGCAUUUUUCCGUAAUAUCAAGGAUUGUGAUUGUUGCUGCCGUGACCGCAACCCAGUCUGUGUUGGAUUGCCGUCGUGACCGCAACCCAGUCUGUGUUGGGUUUCUUUGUUUUUGUAUUGGCAGCAGGGUAAAAACUAAAAUUGGCAAAGUGCUAUAAUAUUAAUAAGGUUUGCAACUUAUAAUCAGAAGCAGGUGAUUAAUAUGCUCAGCAGUUUCCUCAUGAGCUUCAUUCAGAAGGGUAUGUAUCUAGCUGAUUUGGAAUUGGACUUUAACUUCUUUUUACCAUUAUGUGUUUAAAUUAACACUAACGGUCGUAACAUAUCCUUUAAAUUAUGGCCACUUUAAUUAGAAAAAUGCUAUAUCGAGAGAAAAAUAAUCACGAAUAGAGCGACAAACUUUGAUUGAAUUUUUCACACCACUACCCCGACCGUUAGAUCCAUCUCCAACGAACUCGCGCAUCCUUCGUCAGAUUCCACGGGAUUAGUUCACCGAAUUCAGGUUUUCUCUCCUCCAACGGCAAACAACCUUCACUGCAACGAAGUUCUCUCGCUGCCGUACCUGAUCCUCAUCUGACGAGCCUCGAAAAUUACAAUAUGGUGUUCAAGUAUUGAAAGGUGGAGGAAUUCCAUGCACAAUUUGGCACAGGGGCUAUAAAGCACUUUUAAGUUGAAUACGAGAGGUAUUGAAGGUUUAAACUUUAACUAUGAAUGUAACAUUGCAUUGUUUCUCCCCUAAAAAAAAAUAAUACAUUGUUUCUGUCAAUUAGACUCUUGACCCGUGCGGUAUACCAUGUAGAAGUUAAUUGAGUCGCAAUAAUGUAAACAUAUAUAGUUAAAAGAAGUUUUAUAACAAUUUAAAAAUAUGUUCCCUUAUAAGACAACAAUAGAAACAAAAUGAAAUGGUAGCAUACAUAUAACAAAAAUGUUUGAACAUUAACCAUCAAGAUACAUUGCGAAAGACUUCGUGAUAAACAACAUUUGAGGUCGUUGACGACAGUCAGUCAUUCACUGUUUUUAGUGUCAUUUUCAUGAUAUUUUGAGUUCACAUGCAAGCUUAAACAGCAAAGAAAACAAGAAAAAUAGAAGAUUUUUGAAGAAAGCAAGUUGAAAACGUGUCACGAUUUGGAGCACAUGAUGAGGUUCACUCGACAUUGAUUAAAACGUGUCACGAUAGCUAUUUCGUGACACGAUUCUAGGAACAUGUGGCACACCAAAAGAAAAUAAUGUCACAACACGGAAGGUGCAAAAAGAAGAAACAAUUGGGCUUUGACCAAAAAUUCAUGAUGUUGACCCAAGAGAAUAGAAAACUAUCAUGCGGCCAAUUGGAAAAGGGAGGACGAGGUCACUUCGGCAUAUAAAUAUAAGAAGCAGCUCCACAAGCAAAAGGAUGUUGGAGACGAGGAUUCAGGCGACGGCACAUAAAAUUCACGUUUUGUGAAUUGAAAACAUUCACGCAUCACGAGAAGGGAAGAAGGCAUAUGGAUAGGGAAAAACUCAUAAUCAGUAGCGAUUGGAAGAAUUGAGGAGCAACGCCGACAACGACGAAACUCUAUCGGUUUAUUUUCUUUACUAUGUUGUUUAUGUAUUUAACCAUGUCUAGCUAAUUUCCUUUGAUUAGGUCCGAGAUGAUUCUGUGUAACCCUUAUUGUUGAACCAUGUUGCUGUGAAACUCUAUUUAUUGUGAAUGACAAUCUAGUUUUUAUUCAA